AUGAAUGAAAUCACCAACUGCCUUGCACGGAUGUUUGUAUACCUACUCAAGGUUUUAUCCUUGCUGCGCCUGAGGAAAUAUGAGGUCGGCCUCGCCGCAUGUAUUGGAUUAGCCGUCGGCUCCCAUACCACGGGAGACUACUGUAAGCGGGGGCGCGCGCGUAGACGCCCUUACAAAGCCGGCCAUUCCCUGUACGGGUCAGCAUUUCGCGCUUGGGGUAAUGUGUUGCAUCUUUUUCGAUUGCUCACAUCCCCCGCCUUUCUGACAACUACCGCCCUUCCGCCAACAAGCGGCACAGCAAACGGAAAAAAGGUGGAUGGGAGCUGGAGGCAAGUAAGCUUAGUGAGGCAGGUAAGGGAGGUUGGUAGGUACGGUAAGCAUCGGCUUGUUCCACUGGAAGGCGGCUCAGCGCUUCUAGUCGGCUAA